AUGUCAAGCUCUGAAGACAAUCUGGUUAUCUCGUCUGAUCCUCUCCACCCAGCAAACUUAAUCCCCGAGCUUUGCCGCUCGUUCUAUCAUCUGGGAUGGGUUACAGGGACGGGCGGUGGAAUUUGCAUCAGGGUUGGCGAUAAGGCUUACAUCGCACCCUCUGGCGUCCAGAAAGAACGUAUCAAAUCUGAACACAUCUUCGUUCUUCCGUACCCCCAGCCUCCACCUUCUCCGCACACCGACCGAGUGUUUCUUCGACGACCCUCUUUGAACCUCAAGGAGUCGGCCUGCACGCCUCUAUUCUGGAAUUCUUUCGAUCUCCGAGGUGCAGGAAGCUGCAUCCAUACCCAUUCACAACAUGCGGUAAUGGCCACGCUUCUUUGGACGGGCCCCGUUUUUCGUAUUUCACACCAAAUGAUCAAAGGGGUUCGCGUAGCAGGGACUGGCACCGCAUUGUCAUACCUCGACACUUUAGAACUGCCUAUCAUCGAAAAUACUCCCAACGAGGAGGACCUCAAGGACGGUAUGGCGGAAGCAAUGAUCAAGUACCCUAACGCUGCGGGCGUCCUCGUCCGAAGGCAUGGAGUUUACGUUUGGGGGCUCGACUGGGAAAAGGCGAAAACUCAGACCGAGUGCUUGGACUAUCUCUUUGAGAUUGGCGUGAAAAUGAAGCUCGCAGGCCUUCCUACCGUCAUGAAUGAUUCGUAA